AUGAACGGAUCAUCCAUAUUGAAAAGUGCAGGAGGAAUAGCCAUUGUAGAGUUUGUCUGUCUUCCCUCUCUCCCUCUCCCCACCCCCCCCCCUCUCUCUCUCUCUCUCCCCUCUCUAACUAGCUAUCUCUAG